UCUGCUGUUGUUUCUCUUUGCAGUUGGCCAUGCUGUGAUUUAGUGAUGGCAAGAGGGCAGCUGCCAAUCGCUGGGCUUUUUUUAUGUCUUCCCUUCUGGUGGCGUCUUGAAGCUACGCCAGUGCCAACCCCACCUGACGAAAGCACCGAAGUGGUGGAGUGGCUCACCAGAUAUGGCUACCUGCCGUCCCCUGACCCCGUCACUGGGCAGCUGCAGACAUGGGAAGCGGUGGUCCAAGCUAUCAAGAACAUGCAGAGGUUUGCAGGCCUGGAGGAGACGGGAGUGAUGGAUGAAAGAACUGUGGCUUUGAUGAAGACACCUCGCUGCUCACUGCCUGAUGUGCCAGAAACAGACGCCCACCUGAAAAGCGAAAGGAGGAGGAGAAGACGGUCCAGCGCAGGACACGGGUGGACACGCAAGAACAUCUCGUGGAGGGUCCGGUCGUAUCCAUCUCCUGCGCUCCUGUCCCGUGAGACGGUCCGCGCUCUCCUCUUCUACGCUCUCAGAGUGUGGUCUGAACCAACACGGCUGGACUUCCACGAAGUGGGUGGCAUGGGAGAUGUGGAGCUUCAAGUGGACUUUGUCCGCGGAUCUCAUGGGGACGGCUUUCCCUUUGAUGGCCCUGGAGGAGCCGUGGCACACGCUUUCUUUCCGUCGGAUCCUGAGAGGGCUGGCACAGUGCACUUUGACUCGGAUGAGAGUUGGUCCUUCAGGGCUCCAGAGUCCAGUGGAACAGACCUGUUUGCAGUUGCUGUGCACGAGUUUGGCCAUGCCCUGGGCCUGUCUCACUCCUCCUCAAGGAGGUCCAUCAUGCGGCCCUACUACCAGGGGCCCGUCGGUGACCCGCUGCAGUACGAGUUGGCCGAGGAGGACAAGAAGGAGAUCCUGCAGCUCUAUGGUGAAAGGGAACACUUGGCUGGAGCAGAGCCAUCAGGGGCCACUCUUCAGCCAGCUCUAUCUGACAGGCCUAAAGUUCUGCCGUCCCUCAGGGGUGAUGCUCCCGAUCGUUGCACGUCUAACUUUGAUGCCGUCUCACAGAUCCGGGGGGAGACGUUCUUCUUCAAAGGAAGAUAUUUCUGGCGGCUGACUCACUCGGGCCAUCUGUCGUCUUUCCAACCCGCCCAGAUCCAUCGCUUUUGGAGGGGCCUGCCCGUCGGGCUGGACUCAGUCGAUGCUGUGUAUGAAAGAUCGACCGACCACAAGAUUGUCUUCUUUAAGGGAGCGCAGUACUGGCUAUUCCAGGAUAUCAGCCUAGAGGAGGGCUUUCCCCGUCCCCUUUCGGAUUUCGGGUUGCCGUCAGGAGCGGUGGUUGAGGGGGCCUACUGCUCUCCACUGGAUGGAAAGACGUACCUGCUGCAGGGAACAAAGGUGUGGCGCUUUGAUGAGGAAAAGGGGAAGCUGGACACGGAAUAUCCCAUCGAGGCAAACCACUGGAAGGAGCUGCCAUUUGGGGACAUUGACGAUCUCAUGAGUGACAAAGACGGCUCAACAUACGUCUUCAGGGGCCGCCAGUACUGGAAAUUCAGGGGCCACGAGCCCCACCCCGAGCCCGGCUACCCCCACGUGACGGCCGUCGACUGGCUCGACUGUCCCGACUCCUCCAGCUCGACGCCCCAGAGCUUCCCGAAGGAUACGCCUCGAAUCUACCAAGAGCACGGGCGUGAGCCAAACUUUGAUGGGUGCUCCUGCCAGGCACGCGGGGCUGGAAAUAGACUUACCCUCCGGCUCUUCUGGAACGUUCUCUUCAUUGCCCUUGGAUUUUGGGUGGCAUACUUCUACUGAAGGCCUUUCGAGUAAAGAUACUGAAUACAAACUUUUAAA